AUGGGUUGUGUAAUUAGCCGAGAAGUGGAAUCGGGUAUUGUUACUGAGGUGAAGGAGGAUAAUAGUUUGAGAGUUGAGUCGAGUAGGAAGGUUGAAGAAGUGUCCACGAGUAGAGGUGAGGGGAAUGUGGUAGAGGUGAGGGUGAAGAAGGUUAAGGAGAAGGAAGAGAAAAUUGACGGUGAUGGGGUUCAGCGGCCAAAGGGUGAAAGAAGAAGAUCAAAGCCGAAUCCAAGGUUGAGUAACCUGCCGAAGCAUUUGCAAGGGGAGCAAGUAGCAGCUGGAUGGCCUUCUUGGCUUACAGCGGUUUGUGGGGAAGCCCUUAAUGGGUGGAUUCCGCGGAAGGCUGAUACGUUUGAGAAAAUAGAUAAGAUCGGCCAAGGAACAUAUAGUAAUGUGUAUAAAGCUAAAGAUACUUUAACGGGUAAGAUUGUUGCAUUGAAAAAGGUUCGAUUUGACAAUUUGGAACCCGAGAGUGUAAAAUUCAUGGCUAGAGAGAUCCUUAUACUGCGAAGAUUGGAUCAUCCCAAUGUUAUAAAGUUAGAAGGUUUAGUUACAUCUAGAAUGUCCUGGAGUUUGUAUCUGGUGUUUGAUUAUAUGGUACAUGAUUUAGCUGGACUUGCUGCAAGCCCUGACAUCAAGUUUACAGAGCCUCAGGUAAAAUGUUACAUGCAUCAACUGCUAUCAGGACUUGAGCACUGUCAUAAUCGGCAUGUACUUCACCGCGAUAUUAAAGGAUCAAAUCUUCUGAUUGACAGCGAAGGAGUACUCAAGAUUGCCGACUUUGGACUUGCAUCUUUCUUUGAUCCAAACCGCAGGCAUCCUAUGACUAAUCGCGUGGUUACCCUUUGGUACCGGCCUCCUGAGUUGCUUUUGGGUGCCACAGAUUAUGGUGUGGGUGUGGACCUCUGGAGUGCUGGUUGCAUUUUAGGAGAGUUAUUGUAUGGGAAACCAAUUAUGCCCGGUCGUACGGAGGUGGAGCAACUGCAUAAGAUAUACAAGCUGUGUGGUUCACCUUCUGAUGAGUAUUGGAAGAAGUCAAAGUUGCCCAAUGCUACCCUGUUCAAACCUCGAGAACCAUACAGAAGAAGCAUAAGAGAGCUUUUUAAAGAAUUUCCACCGUCUGCUCUACCCCUUAUCGAUACACUUCUUGCAAUUGAUCCAGUAGAACGGAAGAGUGCCUCAGAUGCUCUUAGAAGUGAGUUCUUUACCACAGAACCUUAUGCUUGUGAUCCUUCUAGUCUUCCAAAUUAUCCCCCAACCAAGGAAAUGGAUGUUAAACGACGCGAUGAUGAAGCAAGAAGAUCAAGAGCUGCAGCCAAAGCUCGAGUUGAAGGGGGAAAGAAGCAUCGGACACGUGAUCGUGCUGUAAAAGCUGCUCCUGAAGCCAAUGCUGAGCUUCAACACAAUAUUGAUAGACGGCGUCUAAUAACUCAUGCUAAUGCUAAGAGCAAGAGCGAAAAGUUUCCUCCGCCUCAUGAAGACGGACAACUCGGAUUUCCUUUGGGAGCAUCAAAUCAUAUUGAUCCAGAUAUAGUUCCUCAUGAUGUCUCUUUGGAUUCAAUGUCUUAUACCUUUUCAAAGGAACCAUUUCAAGCUUGGUCAGGUCCCAUAGGUAAUACUACCGGCAAUGGUUUCACAAAGCGAAAGAAAAACACUGCGAAUACUGCCAACGAUGCAUUGGAUUUAUCCAAACCAUAUAAAGGAACCCUCAAGGAUAAGAGUAAAGGAAAGAAAAUCAUAGCUUAA